CGCUGGCUCCAGACUAUGAUCUUUGCUGUGAAGGAAAUCAACGCGGACCCGGUCCUGCUGCCCAACCUCACGCUGGGAUACCUGGCUGCAGAUACCUGCCUGGCAGAGGCGACCACCCUGAGCGCCGCGCUGGCCAUGGUGACAGGACAAGAUGAGAACGUGUCCGGGGAACGGUGCACCAAGGCUCCGAAGGUCCCGGUCAUUAUCGGUGAUGCCCGCUCCUCUGCCUCCAUGGUGGUGGCUGAUACACUGGGUGUUUUUAAUAUUCCCAUGAUCAGCUACUUCGCAUCCUGCGCGUGCCUCAGCGACCGCACCAGGUACCCGACCUUCCUGCGCACCGUCCCCAGCGACGCCUUCCAAGCCAAAGCCAUCGCCCGUCUGCUGCACCUCAUGAGCUGGACCUGGAUCGGGGUCGUCUCCGGAGAUGAUGUGUACGGAAAAAGUGGCGUCCAGCACCUGCUGAAGGAACUGCAGGGUUCGGCCGUGUGCGUGGACUACUUCGAGGUCAUCCCCAAAUCUCACGCGCCGAGCCGGAUUCGGCGUAUCGUGGAGAGAAUCCAGACGUCCAGGGCUCAGGUCGUGGUGAUGAUCGCAAUCAGUCUGGACGUGGAAGCCUUGCUGAGGGAGGCGAUAAAAAUGAACGCCACUGGCAGGCAGUGGAUAGCUACUGAAGCCUGGAGCACCUCCACCCACUAUACCUCAUUUAGUGGUACCUCCCUGGCGGGCACCCUUGGUUUUGCCAUAGGACGGGUGGAUAUCCAGGGACUGGGCUCCUAUAUGACACAGCUGAGCCUGGAGAUACAUCUAAACGACUCGUUAGUGAGAAAUCUCUGGGAGGAUUUUUUUGGGUGCAGAUUCGGGGAGCAAACAGAAUCAAAACCUCUAAAACCACAGUGUACUGGGCUGGAGAAGGUGGAGGAACCUGGUCAGACCUACUUUGACAUUAGUUAUAACGUGUACAAGGCGGUUUACGCUGUUGCGAAUGCUAUACAGGACAUGAUGGAUUGUGAACCCGGGAAAGGACCGUUUGAGAACGGAGAGUGUCCAGAGAUCAAACCAAUAAAACCCAAACAGCUCUUGCACUACCUGAAGACGGUGGAGUUCACCACGCCCGUGGGUGAGAAGGUCUUCUUCGAUGAGAACGGGGAUCCGUCCGCUUCGUACGACAUUAUAAACUGGCACGUGGGCGCCGAAGGGAAGGUGGAGUUCGUCAAAGUAGGUCAGUUUGACGUAGCAAAAGGACCAGAACAGGACUUUCAGCUAGACCUCACAAAGGUGUUCUGGGGAGGAGGACUGGGGGACAAGGUGCCCGUGUCCGUAUGCAGUGAGAGCUGCCCACCGGGCACCAGGAAGGCCGUGCAGAAAGGAAAACCCAUCUGCUGUUACGACUGUAUACCCUGCGCAUUAGGAGAGAUCAGCAACACCACAGACUCCACCGAGUGCACGAAGUGUCCGAAGCGUUUCUGGUCCAACGCCGACCACACGAGGUGCGUCCCGAUGCUCAUCGAGUUCCUGUCCUUCCAGGAUAACAUGGGCGUGGUCCUCUCCGUGCUGUCCGUCUCUGGAGCCGCUCUGACCGUCGGCGUCCUGCUCGCCUUCUUCCUCCACCGGGACACGCCGCUGGUCCGGGCCAACAACUCCGAGCUGAGCUUCCUCCUCUUACUCUCCCUGAAGCUCUGCUUCCUGUGCGCCCUGGCGUUCAUCGGGCGCCCGGCCUCGUGGUCCUGCAUGCUGCGCCACACUUUGUUCGGGGUGAGUUUCGUGGUGUGCCUGGCCUGUGUGCUCAGUAAGACCGUGGUGGUCCUGGUGGCCUUCAGAGCGACUCUGCCCGGCUCCAGCGUGAUGCGCUACUUCGGUCCGGUCCAGCAGAGGUCGGGCAUCUUCCUGUGUACGCUGGUACAGGUGGGCAUCUGCGUGCUGUGGCUGGUCCUGGCGCCUCCGACGCCCACCGAGAGCGCGGGGGGUGAGCUCGGGGCCCGGGUGGUCCUGCUCUGUGGCGUGGGCUCCAUGGUUUGUUUCUCUCUGGUCCUGGGCUACAUCGGCCUGCUGGCGGCCAUCUGCUUCCUGCUGGCUUUCUUCGCCCGGACGCUUCCGGACAAUUUCAACGAGGCCAAAUUCAUCACCUUCAGCAUGUUGAUCUUCUGCGCCGUGUGGAUCGCCUUCGUCCCGGCGUACGUCAGCUCUCCGGGGAAGUACAGCGUCGCCGUGGAGAUAUUCGCCAUCCUGGCGUCCAGUUACGGACUUCUGCUGUGUAUAUUCGGCCCCAAGUGCUACAUCAUUCUACUCAGACCAGAGAAGAACACCAAAAAGAACAUCAUGGCUAAAUAA